ACAGUAGACACAAACACCCCAGACCACAGCGACUCGAGCGACUGGGGAUUCUCUCUCACCAUUUCGCUCCAUCCUCACCACCACCGGCGCCAAAAUGUCACAGCGAUCAAACAGACCGCACGCGCAAGACUAUAUCGCGAGAAUUCGCUACAAUAACAGCCUCCCGCCGCCACCAUGCCCACCGAAAAUGCUCAACAUCCCCAAUUCCUCGUUGGCGAUGUACUGCGACCCAAGCUUUACCUCCAAGCUCGCCAGGGCUGAAGGCGUCAGUGUGGAGAUUGACUCUGAGUUGGGAAUGCCAUUGGAUCUGGUCCACGUGCCCAAGAUUUUCGACGGAGAUCACAGCGGUUUGUAGCUCAUUCUCUCGGUAGAGCCAAUUGUUGACCUGUUUUCAGCUAUUCUCGCACUGGACCCCGUCCCUCUUAUCGACCCGAAGGACCGCUUGCUGAUGCGUCCUGCUGCCGCUUUGGGGAAAACGAAUGCUCGCGCGACUGGCUCUGCCGGAAACGUUUCUUUCCUUCGCCGCACGGAAUAUAUUUCUGCCGAACAAUCCAGGUCGACGUUUAAAUCUGGGGGAAACACGGAACGUUUAAUGGCUGCGUCUCGCGCUAAGCGCGCUUCUCGCCCCGAAGACAGCGAUCCCAUCCGUAUCCUCCAGGCCGUCCUCAAGGGUUUUGAUGUGGCAAACCCGGAGACAGCGGGACAGGAUCACAACGGCUUGGGUGCUCUCGCAGUGGGGGACAUUGCGGCGGCGAAUGCGGAGAGAAAUUGGAAGGAGCUUAAGCACCCUAACAAGCCCAACGUUCGCGCUGUGGAGACAUACCCACUUCUUCCGGACUUCCAGGCCACUAGCGAUAAUGGCGGUUACAUGGUGUUCAAGUUUAUGGUUAGUCCGGUAGCACCGGGCGAAAAGCGUGAUACUAGAUUGGAUGUGGGCCUUUUGAAGCCAAAGGAUAAGCCCCUCGAUGAGGAUGGCAACCCCGUCGGUCAAGAUGUAUUCGAUUACUACAUACCAGCUUCGGAAUCUAUCGCCAACAAAGUCAGGGCUAAAUUCGCCGCCUAUGCCGAGGACGAGGACGAGGAGGAUGGCGGGGAGGAUAGUGACGAGUUCAGAUACGAUUUUGUCCGGGAGUACGAAACCAAGGCUCAUAAACGCUAUCCUCCGGAUGUCCUUGAGGAAGCGGCGUUGCUGCUGAAUAAGGGGGACAACAAAAAGUCGAAAGGCGCCUACUUCUACCCCGUUCUCACCCGCUAUACAAUUCGUCCACGUAGAAAGAACAAAUUCCCCCCUGGGAUGCCGGUUCGACACGAUGAGGAGAGUGAGGAUGACGGAGAGAAGCCGCCGGAGGUUAUGAAUCUUAAGGUCAGGGCGCUCAAUGAAGUGGAGAGACAGCGUCACGAGGAUGUAAAGCAUCGCUGGGACAACAAGCCGGAGGCUGAAGGGGAGGAGUGA